AUGCGCGUGGCCGUCGUUAUCCUGGCGGGGAGUGCCGCUGCCCUUACGGACAUCGAGCACAAGCCCUUCAUGCGAAAGAACAUCGACCCGAUCGUGUACCCGGGGAAAUAUGUGUCGCAUAUGCACUCAUUCUAUGGCUCUGAUUCGGUGACUAAGGAUCUGCCAACUACAGCCGAGCUUCAGAAGGGCUGCCCGUCUGGAGAGAAUCCAAACGAUAUGUCCGUAUACUGGGCGCCGACAUUGUACUAUGUGAACGGCGAGAACUAUACAGAGAUCUACCCUGCUACGUUCAAGACAUAUUACGAGCAGAUCGACCAUGCGGAAAUUCCAUUCCCGAACGACUUUUACGCCGUGGCUGGUAAUGCGUCCGCCAAGAGUCAAGCGGACAUCGACGAAAAGGUGACCGCUAUCACAUGGUGGUGCGACGGUAAUGGUCCCGAGGAUCGCAACUCCCGACCUCGCGCUGCCUUCCCACGGUCGACAUGCAGCGCACACAUGCAAGCCAUCCUUCGAUUCCCCGAUUGCGUCGACCCUAACAAGAUCACCGACUACACAUAUGCCGCGCUUCACGGCGGACGCUGCCCACCCAAUAUGAAGCGAAUGCCUUCGCUGCGUUUCUCGGUCAGAUACGACACACGCAGAGCAAUCCCACAGGGAUGGAAAGGCGUCCCACCCUUCAAACUUGCUUGUGGAGAGAUCGGUGACGGUUACUGCUUCCAUGGCGACUUCAUCAAUGGCUGGUUUGAAGACGCAGCCAAGACCAUGCUGAAGGCAAAGGGCCAAGGAUUUAUGAGAAUCGAUGGGGCGCACGGUAACGGGAAAGUCCCGUUUGGCAGCACCGGAUGCAAGACCAGGGACCGAGACCCCGAAAACGGCACGGACGAUUACCACAAGAGUCCGAAAAAUGGACCCAUUGGAAUAUUCGUGUGA